AUGGAUCAGAGUGAAGACAGAGAGGGCAGAGAACCGGAGGACCAGAGCAAAGCUCAGAGAGUGGACCAGCAGAACUCAGAGGUUCCCAGGGGUCCAUCUGCCCAGCAGCACCAAAUUCAACUGGACUCCACAUUUAUGCUGCUGGAGGAAAACAUUGUUACUUUUGUGAAGAAGGAGCUGAAGAAGAUCCAGAAGAUUCUUAGUCCAGAUCACCCAGAAAGCUCAGAGGAUAUUUGGGAGAACGAGGAUGAGUUAGAAGCUGAGGAUAAAGAGCUGAGCAGCUGCAGAGAAGCUUUGAUGAAAAUUACUCUGAAGUUCCUGAGGAAGAUGAAGCAGGAGGAGCUGGCUGAGCAUCUGCAGAGCAAACAUUUGUCCUUAGUUUGUCAGCAUAAACUUAAAGCUAACUUGAAGAAGAGAUUCCAGUCUGUUUUUGAGGGGAUCGGUAAAGCAGGAAGUUCAACCCUUCUGAGCCAGAUCUAUUCGGAGCUUUACAUCACAGAGGCAGGGGCUGGAGAGGUCAAUGAUGAACAUGAGGUCAGACAGAUUGAUGCAGCAUCCAGGAAACCAAACAGACCAGAAACAACAAUCAGACAAGAAGACAUUUUUAAAGACCUACCAGGAAGAGAUCAACCAAUCAGAACAGUGAUCACUAAGGGAGUGGCUGGCAUUGGGAAAACAGUCUUAACCCAGAAGUUCACUCUGGACUGGGCUGAAGGCAAAGCCCACCCAGCCAAUCAGAUCCCUCCUCAGUGUGUUGGCAUGGUGACAGAGGUUAGAGGGUUCACUGACCCACAGAAGGAGGAGUACUUCAGGAAGAGAUUCAGAGAUGAGGAGAAGGCCAGCAGGAUCAUCUCCCACAUCAAGACAUCUAGAAGUGUCCAGAUAAUGUGCCACAUCCCGGUGUUCUGCUGGAUCUCUGCUACGGUUCUGGAGGAUCUGUUAAAGACACAGAACCAUGGAGAGCUGCCCAGCACCCUGACUGAGAUGUACAUCCACUUCCUGGUGGUUCAGACCAAAGUGAAGAAGGUUAUGUAUGAUGGAGGAGAUGAGACAGAUCCACCCUGGAAUCCAGAGAGCCGCGAGAUGAUCGAGUCUCUGGGAAAACUGGCUUUUGAUCAGCUGCAGAAAGAAAACCUGAUCUUCUAUGAAUCAGACCUGACAGAUUGUGGCAUCGAUAUCAGAGCAGCCUCAGUUUACUCAGGAGUGUUCACACAGAUCUUUAGAGAGGAGAAAGGGCUGUACCAGCAGAAGGUGUUCUGCUUCGUCCAUCUGAGUGUUCAGGAGUUUCUGGCUGCUCUUCACGUCCAUCUGACCUUCAUCAAAUAUGGACGUAAUCUGAUGAAAGAACAAACAAACACUCCCAUUAGGUUUAAACGAUCUAAGCGGGCGAAUCGAAAAAGUCUGUAUCAGAAUGCUGUUGAUCAGGCCUUACAGAGUCCAAAUGGACACCUGGACUUGUUCCUCCGCUUCCUCCUUGGUCUUUCACUGCCGACCAAUCAGAGACUCCUACAAGGCCUGCUGACAAAGACAGCUGGUAGCUCACUGAGCAGUCAAGGAAUAGUUCAGUACAUUAAAGACAAGAUUAAUAAGAAUCUAUCUGCAGAGAAAAGCAUCAACCUGUUCCACUGUCUGAAUGAACUGAAUGAUCGUUCUCUGGUCAAGGAGAUCCAACAGUCUCUGAGAUCAGGAAGUCUUUCCACAGAUAAACUGUCUCCUGCUCAGUGGUCAGCUCUGGCCUUCAUCUUAGUGACAUCAGGAGAAGAUCUGGAUGUGUUUGACCUGAAGAAAUACUCUGCUUCAGAGGAGGCUCUUCUCAGGCUGCUGCCAGUGGUCAAAGCUUCCAACAAAGUUCUAUGCCAGAUUGUGGAACAGAAUCGCUUUGAAGCCAUACGGAAGUAUUUCUCCAUGGCCUCUCCGAACUCUUCCCACGCCCGGGUAUUUGCCUCAACGACCAGCCGAGCCACCCGCCACUUUGACUGCUGGUACAUGUCAGCUGCUUCUGGAGUCCCACAGCCACAGCUCCGACUAGCCGCCUCAACAAUAGAGACAUGGAACAUGGUCUACUCAGACUCAAUGUCCUCCACCUCCCUUGGUCUGACCGGCGUCCUCCCCCACCAUCGGAGCCAACUCACCAACAGGUAUUGGUCAGUGGAGAGCUCUGCCCCUCUCUUCACCCGAGUGUCCAAGACAUACGGCCAAAGGGAGCCUGAUGGAGUCCGAUGGUUGAAACCAGGUCUGAGGAAGUAUUCCUGUCAGCUCACAAUCGACACAAACACAGUGAACAGAAAACUGAAACUGUCGGAGGACAACAGGAAGGUGACAGAGGUGGAGGAGCUUCAGUCGUAUCCUGAUCAUCAAGACAGAUUUGAUUUGUGUCCUCAGCUGCUGUGUUGUGGUGGUCUGACUGGUUGCUGUUACUGGGAGGUUGAGAGGAGUGGAAGAGUUUAUAUAUCAGUUAGUUACAAAAAAAUCAGGAGGAAAGGAGACAGUGAAGACUGUUAUUUUGGAUGGAAUGAUCAUUCCUGGAGUCUGAGCUGCUCUAAAGAAAAUGGAUAUGCUGUUUAUCACAAUAAGAAGAAAACAUUCAAAUCCUCCUCCCCUGUCUCUAACAGAGUAGCAGUGUAUGUGGACCAUCCUGCUGGCAUUCUGUCCUUCUACAGCGUCUCCUCUGACUCACUGAUCCACCUCUUCACCUUCAACAUCACAUUCACUGAACCUCUUUAUUCGGGAUUUUGGAUCAGUUCUGGUUCCUCAGUGUUUCUGUGUUGA